GGAAAGAGUAUAAUAUUUUAUACUUAAUAAGAAAAAAUGUCCUAAAUUGACAAAUUUAUUCAAAACACGCCAAGAAAAAAUAAUUCAAAAUUAGUAAAUUCUCAUGAGAUGGGAGUAUUACUUCAAUUAAUCACCAUUAAAAUGAUUUUUCUUUUGAAAAAAGUUAAUACUAAUAUUAAAUCUAAUUUGGUAAUUAAGUGAAAAAAGGCACUAUAUAUAAGUCAAAUUCAUUUUGGAAUUUUGUAUUAUAACCUUCCGUUAAUUAACCUCGAGCCAAAUCGCCGGAAAUGAGCAUUUCAACCGGAGAAGUUGCCGGCGCCGGAGAUGAGUUGUAUGUAAAGGCAACUGCAGCCGCCGAUGAACUUUACAACUUUCGCGAUAACUAUUUUCCGUUAACUCCGGAGGAGAGAAUCUCCAAAUUGCAAAAUCUAUCUGAUCUAGCUCUUCAAAUCCUCGAUAAAAUUCCUAUAGAAAAGAGGAAAUUGCCGCUUCAACGUGCCACCUAUGAGUAUUUGAGAGGGAAAAUAUUGGAUGCUGUUCCAGUAUAUAAGAAGGAAGCAGAGGAUCAUUUGUCGAAAGCUGUUAAGUUGAAUCCGUCUCUUGUGGAUGCUUGGCUGUGCCUAGGUAACUGCAUUUGGAAGAAAGGAGAUUUAAAUGCAGCUAAAAACUGCUUUACAUUUGCUCUUGGCAAGGGUCCAAAUAAGAAUAUUCUAUGUCAACUAUCAAUGCUUGAAAGAAAACUGGCUCAAGAUGCUGAAAAUCCAGAAGAAAUUGUUGAUGAAAGCAUCAAACAUGCCAGGGAAGCAAUCACUUUGGAUGUCAAGGAUGGAUAUUCUUGGUAUAACCUAGGAAAUGGAUUUCUCACUUCUUUUUUUGUCACGGGAGCAUGGGACCACAGUAAGCUUCUACAAUCAUUAAAAGCAUACCAGAAUGCUGAAAGAGAUGAAAAAAUGAAGUCAAAUCCUGAUCUGUACUACAAUUGUGCCACUGUGAACAAAUAUCUAGAGAAUUAUGAGAGGGCCCUUACUGGAUUUGAAGCUGCUGCCUUAAUGGAUCCUGGUCUUAAUGCUAUGGAGGAUGCCCGAAUGAUGGUUCUGCUUCUUGACAAAUUAGACUAUUUGCUUCGGGGUCCGAUUAAGGCUAAGCGGCUUUCAUCCCUAUCAUCGCUUGCCACAGUUGAUUUGAGUCAUUCAUACAAAAGAGCAACCAUGGAUCUCCUAUCUGAAGGUCUAAAUAAAGGAAUUGCAAUCACAGGGAAAGUUUUGUUCUUUGCUAAGAAUGAGAGUUUGGCUCCAUUAUGCUAUGUGCUAUCCGAUGCCUAUCACACAUGUUACGUAAUUACAGUGUAUGGUAUACGCAAUGAUGCUAUUAAAGAAGGAGAUCAAGUCACCUUAUUGGAGCCUUUCUACCGCUUUGUUGAUUUUUCUUGGAAAGGAAAGCAUUACCAAUUCAAAUCAGUGCGAGUGGAUUUUGUCGAACAAGUUCUUGUAAAUGGAAAAUGCCUGACUCCUCAUCAUGCAGUUCAUACGUCAAUCUACGCGCAACUCAAGGCAUGAUGAAUCUAUAAUCUUCUCUUGUAAAUGUAAGCUACCAAGUAAAAAUUGGCAAUUUCUUCACUGUGAAUUGAUUUUCUUGUAAAUACUGAUAUGUGCGUAAAACAGCUCAUCAGAAUUUGAGUGCUUAUUCAACGACCCGCCAAACAAAUGUACUGGGUUUUUUUGGUUC